AUGUCUAUAAUACAUUUCUGUUAUACUUCUUGCUUUACAUUUUUCAUUCCAGUUCCGUUGGUGUCUAGAAGUAUACAUAAGGUUAUCACUCCAUCGACUUGUCAAAUCUCCGCCUUCAGAGCGUUAGCAGUGAGAAGAUCACACUCACAUUAUAGAUCUUUUCAUACCACACGAAUCAAUACAUCUCAACAAAAUCUAGGAAGACUCUUAAGAAUAGGGAGAAGGCCGAGAAAUAUGACAUCACCCGGAUCUCGAUCUCCAAAAUCUGAUUUGGAAAAACAAUAUACUUCAUCUACUAGUAGUUCUAAAGUAGAUAGGAAGGCCAAGAAAGAGAUUGCGAUUCCACAGCCUAGUUCGAGUGUCCUCCUCAUCUCCCCCCAAAACCAGAUUCUUCUCCUUCAUCGUAUCCGCACCUCAUCUUCCUUCCCCUCCGCCCACGUCUUUCCAGGCGGAAACCUCGAUCUCUACCACGAAUCACCUAUCCCCCCUCCCUCCUCUCCAUCCCGUCACGUAGAUUCCGAGGUAUAUCGUCUCGGCGCUAUCCGAGAAUGUUUCGAAGAGAGCGGAAUACUCCUCGCUCUCCCUUCCCCUCAAGAUCCCUCGCAAAAAAGCACCAAAGAAGCACAUCUCCACAUCGACCAUAAAGAAAUCUCGCGCGCAAGAAAAGAAAUCCAUUCCCGGAAUAUCAAAUUCUCAACCUGGCUAGCCCAACAAGGCGGAAUCCCCGAUAUCGAGUCUCUCCACCCCUUCACCCGCUGGAUCACCCCUUCUAAUCUCCCAAAACGUUUUACUACACAGAUGUAUAUCUAUUUCCUUCCUUUAUCUUCAUCGUCCUCUUCCUCUUCCUCUCCUUCCACCUCAACGGAAGGAGUAAAUCAAAGUGUGACCACAAACCAAGGAGUAGAACCAGAAACUGAAAAAGAAACCCACACAACGCCCACCCACGACGGCGGCAUCGAACACACCGCCGCCGAAUUUGCCCACUGCUCUACCUGGCUCGAAAAGGCCCGCAAAGGAGAAAUUAUUCUCUUCCCUCCGCAAUUCUAUCUCAUGGAAUUGCUUUCGAAAUUUCUGCCCCCAGCAGGCGCAGAAUCAAAUUCCUCAUUCUCAACCGAAGAACUCUCCUUGCAAAGAACCCAAGUCCUUCAAUUCCUCCAAGGAGACGGAGGAGAUGCCUCGGGCAUCUUCUGGGGCGAUAAAGUAAUGAGUCCGCUUUCGUUGGGGAUUAAAAAGAGAAAUGGAGAUGGGAAGGUCAUUCUAGGAUUAGAUGGACAGGGACCGGAAUUGGAGGGGAGGGGGAGGAAAGGAGAUGCGAAGAGAGUUGUGCUGGUGAGGUUUGGGAAGGAGGGGCCUAGGGAGGUGGAAGUUAGGGAGAGAAGAGAGGUUUUGGAGGAGGAGAGGGGGGUGGGUGAGGGAGGAGCGAAGUUGUGA